AUGGACCAUCAGACCCGGAACCCAAAGCGAUCUCCAAUUUCUUCUAUUGGCAUCACUGUGGAUUACAUUGUAAACCGCAAUGGAUCAAGGCUUCUUUCGACCCAAGCGGAGAUCAUCGUACCAAGGUAUGCGUAUGUAGCUACGUGGGGUGGGCUAUGUGGCUUUACCAAGGAGUUAAUUAAGAACAAAGAAAAAGGAAUUGAGAGCAUGAUCACCAACGACCUCCUUCAUUUGAGUCUUACAUCUGACUUGCUUGGAGAAGGAGACAUUCGUCACUAUUGGCCCUUGAUUGAUCCAAUCGGUAACGUCAAGGUUGGAUUCUUGGGUGUUCUUGAACUUCUUGACCUCCUUGGCAACAACACAGCCUCGAAAAUCUUUCAUUGCAUUUUGGGCGCUAUCUUUUCCUACCAAACGCCCAACAAACGACCCUUUUCACUUGUCGAUCCUAGUAUCAGCUUUCCACAUCAAAAUCACGAGAAAAUAUCAACGGCUCUGGCCGGAGUAUUAGCACUCGGCCUCCCGGCACUCGUCAUUCUCAUCGUUACCUUUACUCUCGUUCCUGGACCGACUGUACCAAAAUCUGUCCCCAAGGCUCUAAUAUGGAAACGGAAAUUAUGGGAGCUUCACGCAUCUUGGCUCGGACUUGGAUUAUCUCUCGCCUUGGCAUUUGUCAUUACUAAUGGAAUGAAGAAUCUUUUUGGUCGACCACGACCAGAUUUGAUCUCGAGAUGUAUCCCCGACGUAGCCAAUAUUGCUAAAUAUGCUGUCGGAGGUGGUAAGAGACCACAGGGAAUUGUUUUAGUGCAAGCAGGGAUUUGUCAACAAAAGGAUAAGGAUAUCCUCAAUGAUGGAUUUAGAUCUUAUCCUUCUGGCCAUUCAUCAUUCUCUUCGGCGGGUCUUGUUUACCUUAGUCUUUUCCUGGCUUCCAAACUGGCCUUGACAGUUCCUUUUCUUGCACCUCGUGCAUAUACCACCGAUACCUCGCCCUAUCAUUCCGCAUUUCCCUCCCGCAACCCUCCACGCCAUCAACGUAAUGAUUCUGAAAUUUCCGACAAGAACGCCGAGACAGCAGCUCUCGCGUCGGGCUAUAACGAUGGAUUAAUCGCCUCACGUAAUCAAGCUGCAGCACCUCCUCUCUAUCUCCUCCUCAUUGCCGUCAUCCCCACCUUCUUAGCCGUCUACAUCGCCUCAACGCGGUUUUCCGAUUUCCGCCAUCAUGGCUUUGAUAUCCUAUUUGGUUUCUUCAUCGGUACCAGUGCUGCCAUCUUCUCCUUCCGCUUCUACCAUCUCCCAAUUUCCCAAGGUGCAGGUUGGUCUUGGGGACCUCGAAGUCCAGAUCGUGCAUUUUGGGCGGGCAUUGGUGUCGGUAGUUAUGUAACCAGUCCCAAUAGUCCCGUAGGAGGAAUUCAUCAUCAUCAUGAUCAUAACAAUAACGAUACGGGCUAUGAGAGCCAAAUGACUCGACCAAGCGAUUUAGAAGAGGGACGAUUUAAUAGCGUCGAUGGCCAGAAUAGAAAUGAUGAUAUCGAACUUUUACCUAGGGCUGCACAGGGAAGAGUGGCGUAA